AUGUCAAAUAAUCCACCAAUGGACCAAUUUGCUUACAACAAUCAAGGCAACUUUGUGCCAGCUGAGUUGAAUCAAAACCUGGCUGCACAAUAUCAACAAAACUUUUUAACCGGAGGACCUCCAACUCUUGUUGUUACACCAAGUAACAUUCCUCUCUACCCUGGAUAUCAGAAUAUUGGAAACAAUCAAACCAAUGGGAAUGGAGCCCAGACUUCGAAAUACAAUCAGUUGCUCGCUGUAAUCGAGGAGAUGAGCAAAGAUGUUCGACCAAUUUACGCUGGAUCUAAAACAUCAACUGACCAUUUUAAACGAGGCAUUAUGCAUGCUCGAGUUUUAAUUAGAGAAUGUAUUCUAGAACUCGAAAGGAGUCAUAGUAAAAAUUAA